GUUUCAUUUUACAAUGUGGAUGAGAAUCGAAAUCGGAGGGAAGGAAGAAGAGGAACAUUAACUCGCGAAGAGAUUCAACUAAUCCUGUCUUACAUGACCAUUUAAAAGGAAUCUGACCUUAUUAUUGAUUUAAUUUGCCCAAAGACAUGGCAGCUUCAGACCACGCUGCUGGUGCGGAAAUUAGUAAGCUAAGUGGUGGUGAUAGCGUACACAGUUGGAGAGAUACUCUUCCGGCCUCGAUGGUUUCGAAAAGUGAAUUAAGCAUAUGGAGUGUGCUCAAAAAAUGCAUGGGGAAGGAUUUAACGCGAAUUUCUGUGCCAGUAGUUUUCAAUGAACCACUUAGUUUCCUGCAGCGUCUUGCUGAAUACUUGGAGUAUGCAGAAUUACUAGAGAAAGCAAGUAAAUGUGAAGAUACUAUUGAAAGAUUUGAGGUGAAAAGAUUCGAGCAAAUUUUGAAGAUACUGACAAUUUGAUAUAGAUUGUUGUUUUUUUCGUGUCAAAUUUUCAUGAAAAAAGUUUCCUCUUGGAAUUCAAAGCAAACAUGUGAGCUCCGUUUGAUUAGCAGAAUUGACAUAUGAAGAUCUUUUCAUGCAAAUGAUUUUUUUGACAAUUUUAUUCACACUCUGGAUUUGAGAGGGAUCACAGCGCUGUAAUACUGAAAUUUUGUAACUUAACAAGCUUUGUAGUUCAGCGAGCUUUUGUAGUUUAACAAGCUUUCUUAAUCAAUGUAGAUCUGUUACAGUAUGUUGCUGCAUUCAUUGUUUCAUCACUUUCAUGUAAUUAUAUGCGGCUAUCAAAGCCGUUCAAUCCCUUGUGGUUUGAAACUUAUGAAUUGGAUCGAAGUGAAGAAAGUGGUUAUCGGUUCAUUGCCGAACAAGUAAGCCACCACCCACCCAAAUCUGCUUUUCAUACUGAAUCUAAAAGUUAUGAAUUUGAUGGUGUUGUUUCACCACGAUUGAAAUUUUGGGGAACAUGUAUUGAGGUGCAACCAUCAGGGAGUUUUCAGCUAAAAUUUUUGGAUCAUAAUGAAACUUAUACAUGGAAAACACUGAACGUAACGAUUCAUAAUAUUGUUAUGGGACAAAUGUAUAUACAAUUGGAAGGGGAUCUUCAUGUACAAUGUAAUACAGGAUUCGAAUGUAAGCUGUCUUUUAAAAAUAGCGAUAACGGGCCUUCGAGACAGAGUACCUUCUUUCAGGGAUGCAUAUCAAAGCAAGGAAAAACUCUAAGAGCAAUAUAUGGGAACUGGACAGCAUUUUUUGCCACGUGUGAAAUUAAUAACUUUGAAUUCCGUUUCGAUGACUGGUUGGAAAUUGGCAAACGGUUCUUUCAAAAUUCUUCUGCUCCGGAAGGUAUACCCUUAAUUCAAGGAUCGAAAUUGAUAUGGAAGAGUCGUCCUCGACCUUCGAAUUCAUCUGCAAUGUAUAAUUUUACUUCAUUCACAUUUCUUUUAAAUGAUCCAUCUGGCAUAACGGACUUGCUACCUCCGACUGAUAGUAGACGAAGACCUGACAUACGCUUGUUAGAAGCAGGCCAAGCAGAAGCGGCUGAAAAGGAGAAAGAACGUCUAGAAGUUAAGCAAAGGCAAGCUCGUGCUUUAAUGAAGAAGACAAAAGAAAAACUGCCCAGAUGGUUUGAAAAAGUGCAUAUAAUUUCGAAAGAUCAGCUGUUGUGGUUGUUCACUUACAAAUAUUGGAAUCGUGAGUAUUGUGACUGCGAAGAUAUUUAUUGA